GAUUUUGAGGAGGUCGGAGCGGAAGGACGUCGUGGCGAUUGCUAACGCUGGGGUCCCACGCUUAGGCUGAGCUGCAGGUUUUCGCACAGCUGCGAGUUAACCUCUGCCUGCCCCAGAGGCCUCGUCCUAAUCCACCUCGGCUGACGGCGCGGGAUCCCUGGCUCCGCGAGGUCUCCGAAUUGCUCGAGCUGUCUGCUAUGCAGAACUUUGCCCCUUUUGUUGUGUUUGACUCCCGUCUCUAACCCUACUUAUAGAAAAGUCGAAAGAAGUUACAAUGAUCUCCCGUUAUACCUUUCAUCUAGACUCACUAUUAAUGUCUGGCCAUGUUUGGUUUUCUCUAUACACGAGUGUAUAUAGCCUCGGCCUCACCAUGUAUGUCAGGAGCUGUUUCCAGUCCCCCUGUCUCCAGUGGGUAUGGAGGACAGCCUUCCUGAAACACACCCAGCGCAGGCACCAGGGGUCCCACCGAUGGACGCGCCUUGGAGGCAGCACCUACAGAGCGGUGAUUUUCGACAUGGGCGGAGUUCUCAUUCCUUCUCCAGGGAGAGUCGCUGCAGAAUGGGAGGUACAGAAUCGUAUCCCUUCUGGAACUAUAUUAAAGGCCUUGAUGGAAGGUGGUGAAAAUGGGCCCUGGAUGAGAUUUAUGAGAGCAGAAAUAACAGCAGAGGGUUUUUUACGAGAAUUUGGGAGACUUUGCUCUGAAAUGUCAAAGACCUCCGUGCCUGUGGACUCAUUUUUCUCUCUGCUGACCAGUGAGCGAGUGGCAAAGCAGUUCCCAGUGAUGACUGAGGCCAUAACUCAAAUUCGGGCAAAAGGUCUUCAGACUGCAGUCUUGAGCAAUAAUUUUUAUCUUCCCAACCAGAAAAGCUUUUUGCCCCUGGACCGGAAACAGUUUGAUGUGAUCGUGGAGUCCUGCGUGGAAGGGAUCUGUAAGCCAGACCCUAGGAUCUACAAGCUGUGCUUGGAGCGGCUCGGCCUGCAGCCCUCCGAGUCCAUCUUUCUUGAUGACCUUGGACCAAAUCUAAAAGCAGCUGCCAGACUUGGUAUUCACACCAUUAAGGUUAAUGACCCAGAGACUGCAUUAAAGGAAUUAGAAGCUCUCUUGGGCUUUACAUUGAGAGUAGGUGUUCCAAACACUCGGCCUGUGAAAAAGAUGAUGGAAAUUCCGAAAGAUUCCUUGGAGAAGUACCUCAAAGACUUACUGGGUAUCCAGACCACAGGCCCAUUGGAACUCCUUCAGUUUGAUCACGGGCAGUCAAAUCCAACUUACUACAUCAGGCUGGCUAAUCGUGAUCUAGUUCUGAGGAAGAAGCCCCCAGGGACACUCCUUCCAUCUGCCCAUGCCAUAGAGAGGGAGUUCAGGAUUAUGAAAGCCCUUGCAAAUGCUGGAGUACCUGUCCCUAACGUUCUUGAUCUCUGUGAAGAUUCAAGUGUCAUUGGCACCCCCUUCUAUGUGAUGGAGUACUGCCCAGGUCUUAUCUACAAAGACCCUUCCCUGCCAGGGUUGGAGCCCAGCCACAGGCGAGCCAUAUACACUGCCAUGAACACAGUCCUAUGCAAAAUUCACAGUGUGGAUCCUCAGGCUGUGGGGCUUGAAGACUAUGGGAAGCAAGGGGACUAUAUUCUGCGCCAGGUGCGAACCUGGGUUAAGCAGUAUCGAGCUUCCGAAACCAGCACCAUCCCAGCCAUGGAGAGGCUGAUCGAGUGGCUGCCCCUCCAUCUUCCCUGUCAGCAGAGGACCACAGUGGUGCACGGGGACUUCAGGCUCGACAACCUGGUGUUUCAUCCAGAAAAGCCAGAGGUGCUUGCUGUCCUUGACUGGGAACUUUCUACCUUGGGCGACCCCCUUGCCGAUGUGGCCUGCAGCUGCCUGGCUCAUUACCUGCCGUCCAGUUUUCCCGUGCUGAGAGGUUUUAAUGACUGUGACUUGACACAGCUGGGAAUCCCUGCUGCAGAGGAGUAUUUCAGGAUGUACUGCCUCCAAAUGGGGCUCCCUCCCACUGAGAACUGGAACUUCUAUAUGGCUUUUUCCUUUUUCCGUGUGGCUGCAGUCCUACAGGGAGUCUACAAGCAAUCACUCACAGGGCAAGCAAGCUCCACAUGUGCGGAACAAACUGGAAAGCUGACCGAAUUUGUGUCUAACCUGGCGUGGGAUUUCGCAGUCAAAGAAGGGUUCCGGGUUUUCAAAGAGAUGCCCUUCAAAAAUCCGUUAACAAGGUCCUGCCACACGUGGGCCAGGCCCCAGUCCCAGUGGUGCCCCACAGGCACCAGGAGUUAUAGCUCCGUUCCAGAAGCUUCCCCAGCUCAUACCUCAAGGGGAGGUCUGGUUAUCUCUCCAGCGAGCCUCUCUCCACCUGUCAGAGAGCUGUAUCACCGGCUGAAGCACUUCAUGGAGCAAUGUGUGUACCCUGCAGAGCCAGAGCUGCAGAGUCACCAGGCCUCAGCAGCCAGGUGGAGCCCCUCCCCACUGAUCGAAGACCUCAAGGAGAAAGCCAAAGCUGAAGGACUUUGGAACCUUUUCCUACCCUUAGAGGCUGAUCCCGAGAAAAAAUACGGAGCAGGACUGACCAAUGUGGAAUAUGCACAUCUGUCUGAGCUCAUGGGCAUGUCCCUGUAUGCCCCCGAGGUAUGUAACUGCUCUGCGCCUGACACGGGCAACAUGGAGCUGCUGGUGAGGUAUGGCACCGAAGCACAGAAGGCUCGCUGGCUGAUUCCUCUGCUGGAGGGGAAAGUCCGCUCCUGUUUUGCUAUGACUGAGCCCCAGGUUGCCUCUUCAGAUGCCACCAACAUUGAGGCUUCCAUCAGAGAGGAGGACAGCUUCUAUGUCAUAAACGGUCACAAAUGGUGGAUCACAGGCAUCCUGGAUCCUCGUUGCCAACUCUGUGUGUUUAUGGGAAAAACAGACCCACAUGCACCAAGACACCGGCAGCAGUCUGUGCUCUUGGUUCCCAUGGAUACCCCAGGGAUAAAAAUCCAGCCUCUGACAGUGUAUGGACUGGAAGAUGCACCAGGUGGCCAUGGUGAAGUCCGAUUUGAGCACUUGCGUGUGCCCAAAGAGAACAUGGUCCUGGGCCCUGGCCGAGGCUUUGAGAUCGCCCAGGGCAGACUGGGCCCCGGCAGGAUCCAUCACUGCAUGAGGCUGAUCGGGUUCUCAGAGAGGGCCCUGGCACUCAUGAAGGCCCACAUGAGUUCCCGCGUGGCUUUUGGGAAGCCCCUGGUGGAGCAGGGCACAGUGCUGGCGGACAUCGUGCAGUCGCGCGUGGAGAUUGAGCAGGCACGGCUGCUGGUGCUAGCUGCCCACCUCAUGGACCUGGCAGGAAACAAAGCUGCAGCCUUGGAUAUAGCCAUGAUUAAAAUGGUCGCCCCGUCCAUGGCCUCCCGAGUGAUUGAUCGUGCGAUUCAGGCCUUCGGAGCAGUAGGCCUGAGCAGCGACUACCCACUGGCUCAGUUCUUCACCUGGGCCCGAGCCCUGCGCUUUGCCGAUGGCCCUGACGAGGUGCACCGGGCCACGAUGGCCAUGCUAGAGCUGAAGCACCGCAUUUAGAGCCUUGGGGCUGCAGUGGCUCAAUGUCCUGGCUGGACCAGCUGUGCCCAGAUCUGUCACUGAUGUGCCUCGAAAGAUCCGGUGUUUGUGGCUCCUGCACCCUGCUCAGCAGCUCUGUCCCAGGACAGUCAGGGUGGAAUCAAGCUUUCUGGUUCUCCACAGAAGGCAUCUCUGCAAGAAGCCUGGAGUCUGUUUCAGGCCAGGAGGAGGGGAUUUGCUGAGGGCCAAGGGGGUUCUGGGACAGUCUGGAAAGCUGGUCUUCAGGCUCUCAGUCCCGGGCUGGGCAGGCACGGUCACUUCACUUCAGCCUUUCAGUCCCUCUCUCUCUGCCUGUGGGAAUCUGGACACAUUUUGGGAGGCCUCCCGAGGCUGUGGGACGUGCUUGCUCUGGCAGCUGCAGGGUUCCUGUCUGGCCUCCCUGGUGAGCAGAGGGGUGGCCACGACGGGCGGCGGCCUAGAGACCCAGGGCCUGGGCGCCUGGGAAAAUGGAAUGCAACCCACAUUGUAAAGCCACUGGCAUCUGAUUAUCUCCAUUUGAACACACAGCACAGAACAAUUCAUUUAAAUGUUAUUUUGGAAAGGGGUUUUGGGGACACAGAAGAAUAAGAAAACACAUCUCAGAG